AUGGCUGAGGACAAGAAGGAUGGCAAAGCCGAAAUGCCCAGCGCGAGUGCACGCCCGCCACUGCCAGGCUUCUCGGCCAAGACGGAGCGCUGGGUUAUGGAGUUGGUCUAUGGUAGGCGUUGCGAAGCCGAGGAGAAGUACCUCAAGGAGCGGCAAGCAAACGUGCCUGUGACGAAGGUGCCGCUCUACAAGAACCUGGGCUUCCGUGCCAUCAAACAUCCAUCAUAUAUCGAGGUGCGCCCGGCUACGCCCUCGGUCGCCAGCAAGGCUAGCAAGGCCAGUCAAGUGAGCCGUGCCAGUCGUACCAGUCACUGCUCCGGGGCCAGCCGCAGCUGCGCCUCUUUGGGCAGACGGAUUUGCAGUCGGGGAACCCGGAUAAGAAUUUGCGCCGGAGUACCCUUGAACAUGUUGCCUAGCAUACAAGCCUUAUAG